AUGACUUCUCGGUCCAACCUCCAGACCCCAGCAGCAUCCAGCUGCCUCUCCUCCCUCAUGUUGACAGUGAGAAUAGUUAACCCAGUGCUGCCUGAGAUUCAGAUGCUUUUGGCUGGCUCCAGCAUAGAUGGCCAACUGAUCCUGAACCACAGCAGUACCCUGGUGGACCCUGUGGUGAAGGUGGAGGUUAUGGGAAGAGGCUACCUGAGAUGGCUUAAAAUCAGAAGAAGUGAUAGUAAAAUGACUGGUGACCACACCUUUGACUUCCACUUCAGCUUUCCUCCGAGUAUUCCCUUCACAUUCACCCGCAAAAUUGGCUGCAUCUCCUACUUUGUUCAAGGGACUUGCUGCAGCCACCUUGUCUUAGCUAAAGAGGAGAGAAGUCUACUGUUGCAAGGAACUGCUAGUGACCACAAAAGACAUAUGAAAGACAGAUCAUGGCUCUGUGAUCCCUCGGAUCUUCCUGGAGAAAAGUGUGGUUUGCUCUGGAAAACCAUUGUGUUUGUGACAGAUAUUGCCAAUAGGGCAUGCAAGUAUGUUAGAAAGAUCAUUUUUGCUGCACACUACAUUGUUCUGUAUAGGGGCUUUAGCAGCAGGGGAGAACAAUGCUCCUUGGAAGAUGGAAGUGAAGUGACAGGGUUGGAGUCUCAGACAGACACAACUUCCUUUGAGGCCAUAAGAUUUACCAGUGUGCUGGCUCUGCUGAAACCCAUGCCUGUCACCAACACUCUCACAGAAAAUAAAAUCAUGGCAUUCAGGUACAAGCUGGUAGGCACCUCUGGCCUUCCUUGUACAACAUUCACCAUUGCGGGCAGGGUGUUCAUCAUCACAGCAGCUAUACCAGAGCAUUUCUCUGUGGAGCAGAACACCAUGACUCUGCAUAAAAAUGAAGGUGACGUCUCAAAGGAGGUCAGCCUUCACAGAGACCUUUCUGAGAUUGAUCCAGGAGCAAUUACCGACAGAUCCACAAAAUAA